CACUCAGCAAUUGCGCAUGCGCGUCGGUGGGCUCUAGAGAAGGCUCAUGUUGUCUCUCCGCAGGAAUGACGAGUCUCGCUCCACUCUCAUCGACAGGCACGCGCGGAAAAGGAGACUGAACAUAGUCUAUUCAUAUGGUGAAAAUAAAUAGGAUACGACCAAUCACUUCCGAACAAACACCGGAGGACCUCGCCAAACUGGACAUAGUGGAGACAAAAGAGGAUUUUUAAAGGACCCCUCCUCUUCCACUUCAAACCUGACGUCUCCUGUGCAAGUAUAGCUUCACAUCCAGUGGCAAAACAUUUUCUAGAUGUGAUGUCUGUCGUGAUUGUCAACAAACGGCUUCUGGUCGUGGGCAUCUGGACAUGCUUUGAAGAAAACGACUGAUGUCAGAUCGAAAAACCGCUUAAAAUGUGACCGUUUCUGUGUAGCCUCGAUCCCUCCACUUUGUCGGAUUUGAGGAGUCUACAGGGAUUCAGGGCAGUGUAUGUGUUUCGUUUUGGAAAGAGGAAAGAAAGCGUGCGCCCUGGAGCUGUCCGUUCAGAACCACACACACACACACACACACACACACACACACACGCACGCACACUCUGCCACCAGCGGUGCACCACAAGCCAUCAGCCUCGCACCUCAUCUGGACCUGAUGGUGUGGAGCGCAGAUUUAUGACAUCCUCUGCAUGAAUUUGGUUUGUUUAACAUCUUUAUUUUCUCAUUUUCUCUUGGCAUCUGGAGACAAUCUCUUAUUCACCUGACAAGAACAUUAAACGCUCAUGCACCGAUUUCCUGCAGAUGAGUUGCCUUUGCGCACCUGUUUUUCUGCGUUUAUUCAUCCCAGUCUCCUUUUUCAGUUGCCUAUUAAUUGCGCACAUGUAUCCUCCGGGUCUUUCAGCGUUUUAAUUCCUGGCCCGGGCUCAAGAUAUGCCUAAAGGACGAGAUGGGCCAGGGCGACGAGAAAGACCGUGUUGUGAUUAACGUGGGAGGGAUUCGACACCAGACCUACCGCAGCACCCUGCGCACUCUCCCCGGCACUCGUUUAGCGUGGCUCGCCGAGCCUGAUGCCCACAGUCACUUUGACUAUGACGCCCAGAUCGACGAGUUUUUCUUUGACCGCCACCCCGGAGUUUUUGCACACAUUCUCAAUUAUUAUAGGACUGGAAAGUUGCAUUGCCCUGCUGAUGUUUGUGGCCCUCUUUAUGAGGAAGAGUUGGCCUUCUGGGGCAUCGAUGAGACAGAUGUGGAGCCUUGCUGCUGGAUGACGUACCGGCAGCACCGGGAGGCCGAAGAAGCGCUGGACAGUUUCGGUGGAGGGCCACCUGAAAUGGGGAACGAUGAUAUGGACACGGAAGUUUUGGGUGAUCCAGGAGAUGGAGACGAUGAACUUGAGAUGACUAAACGCCUUUCUCUCGGCGACUCGCCUGAUGCCAAAGCUGCAGGGUUUUGGCAACGUUGGCAGCGUCGUGUUUGGGCGCUCUUUGAAGAUCCGUAUUCUUCGAAAUAUGCAAGGUGGGUGGCAUUUGCCUCGCUUUUCUUCAUACUGGUGUCCAUAACUACAUUCUGCCUGGAGACACACGAGGCCUUCAACCCCAUCGUUAACCGCACAUUUUUUAACGCUCUCGACAACACCACCAAGUUUCACCUGGAGACAGAGACGGUGGUCUACCUAACCUACAUCGAGGGAGUGUGUGUGGUGUGGUUCACCUUUGAGUUCCUCAUGCGUGUCACCUUCUGUCCGGACAAAAAGAAAUUCAUCAAAAACACCCUAAACAUCAUAGACUUUGUGGCCAUCCUGCCAUUUUACCUGGAGGUGGGCCUGAGUGGGCUUUCUGGUUCAGAAGCAAAGGACGUUCUCGGUUUCCUCAGAGUGGUGCGAUUCGUUCGGAUCCUCCGAAUCUUCAAGCUGACGCGACACUUCGUGGGCCUGCGCGUACUGGGACACACUCUCCGCGCCAGCACCAAUGAGUUCCUCCUGCUUAUCAUCUUUCUUGCUCUUGGAGUGCUGAUCUUCGCCACCAUGAUCUACUACGCCGAGCGAAUCGGUGCCAAUCCCAAUGACCCGCGUGCCAGCGAGCACACCCACUUCAAAAACAUCCCAAUUGGCUUCUGGUGGGCAGUUGUGACUAUGACCACGUUGGGCUAUGGAGACAUGUAUCCUCAGACUUGGUCAGGCAUGUUGGUGGGUGCAUUGUGUGCUCUGGCGGGUGUACUAACCAUCGCCAUGCCUGUGCCUGUCAUUGUCAAUAACUUUGGGAUGUACUACUCUCUAGCCAUGGCUAAGCAGAAGCUACCAAAGAAAAAGAACAAGCAUAUUCCCCGUGCCCCCCAGCUGGGCUCACCUAACUACUGUAAGUCCACCAUGAACUCACCCCACCACAGUCCACAAAGUGACCAUUGUGCUCCCGCUGCCCAGGAGGAGAUUUUAGAAAUGAACAGAGCAGAUCCCAAAGUGAACGGUGAUGCAGCUAAAGCAGCGCUGGCCAAUGAGGAUUGUCCCCACAUAGACCAAACCCUUUCUCCUGAGGACGGUCAGAUCUUUAACCCAAGUGAGCCACGGGGAGAAACUCCUUGUUUUCUGCUGAACGUCGGCAGACGAUCUACAAACACGGGUACCCGAGUGAGGAAGGGUUAUCAAAAGUCCCGAAGCCUGGGCACCAUAACCAGCAAGGCCCGAACACUGGCCGAGGUAGUAUCGAUGCCCACCCGGUCCUGCGGCCCACCUGUUCUCUUGCGGAGGUCCCAUUCUCCAAUCCCCUCCAUUCUCUAAGAAAUGGAGCAGUGAUAAAGUUAGAGUUGCCUCCCUGGGUCUUCUUCCUGCUCUGCUGCUUUCUCUUCUGUGUUUGCUUUGGUCUGGAUUGUCUUGUUCUCUGGUCCUUGUCUUCUGGAGCUGUCUCCUCGUCUCCUCUUCUGUCCAAUUUGCUUGUUUCUUGUCUUUACAUAUACAGAAUCUUGACUCACACAAAGCCAUCAGAGAAAGAAAACUUCCAAAAGAUCUCAGGGAAAUUUUUAAGGAUUAGGGUUAGGACGAGAGUUUAUUAGACAUAAUAAAAGAACUGGGAUGAGGAAGGUAAACCUUUCUUUAUUUUUCCAGGGACCAUUAUAACUGGAAACUUCUGAUAGAAAGACUGCGAUCUAAUGAGGCAAAACCUCCCUUCAAAUGAUAUAUAUCGUGAUUUUUUUUAGAUUUACUAUGAAUAUUGAAAUCCUCUCCCGUCAGAGUAUAUUCUUGCAUAAAACCCUUUCUGACAUCUGGAAGACAAAACAAUCUAUGCUCUAUCGGUUUCUUUUUUGUUUAGUUUCCCCAUUUAACUUUUUACUGUACUUCCCCUUUGCUCUGGAGUCUUGCUCCCUUCUUUCUUUAUCACCUCUUUAAUGAGACCCCAGGUAGGAGGUAUCAGGACUCCCUUUUUCUCUCCUCCGCUGUCAACGGCAAAUGUCUCUACUUCCUUUGCAAUUCUUUCAUUCUCCCUGUGCAUUUCUGUCCAUCUCUCUUUCUCCAAACUUUUUAGCCCUGGGUUGCAAAAGCAACCCAAAUGAAUGUUUUUACCAUACAGAAAAAAGGAAGUCUUAUUUUCUCAGCCCAUUUCCUCAUUCUGUGAGCUGAAUGAAAACAAGGCCCAAUGGCUGGAUGACCCUGAGCAAUCCCAUCCUCCCCUGUAUUUUCUACUGCAGAUCCAUGCAAAGAGGACACUGCCCUAGUUAAGUAUAUGCAGUCAGAGGUGCUUAAAGUGACCUGAGAAGGCAGGAGCAUCUCAAACCUUCUCCAGCCUUGCUGGACUCCACAAUGGCCAGAGGGAUUUCAGGCUGGAAUCCAAAGGAGGGACGUAUAUGUAGAGGGAAAACGAGCACAAUAGAGGAUGCCAGUCGACGCAGUGGCAAACAUUUUUGAUUUAGAUUCCGACAGUGUGAGUGAUCUCAUGGACCAGGACUUUUAUAAGGAAGACCUUAAGGACCAUCAACUGCAGAGUGACACGAAUGGUUGGAUUUAAAGCCAGCAAAAUGAGUAUAUAAUCAUAAUACUAAUGAUAGUACCUGCAGUGACAGAUGUAGUGGACUCUUACCUGUUCAUUUUAGCAUGAGCUGCAUGGUGUUACAUUAAAAAAGAGGAAAAUAAUCAAUAUCUGUUAUGAAUAUCUGUAUAAAACAAAUAUUUUCUUUCAAGAGUUCUUGACUUUUGCAGAAUUGACAUGUAGCCAUGGAUAAUGAGAUUUUCAGAAACCAUGUUCUUUAUUUCAGCAACAGAUUUCUUUCAUGUUAUUCUGUCUUUGUUGCUAACCACAUGACUCAGCUCUGGUCACAUUGACCUCACAUUCUGAAUGAGACGCAGUGGUUACUGCCAUGAGAUGGAUUGUAAAUUCCACUAUUCAACAUUGUUUCUGUCUGGCAUGCUUGUGAUUCUGGAUCUUAUAGGGAAAAAACAAAAACUGAGCAAAAUGAGUUAUUUUUCUGUUUCAUGUCAUAAUUAUCAGUGAAUAGAUCCUGUGGAAAACUGUCGUGCGCAACUGUUUAUUUCACAUAUCAAGUGCAGACUUUUGACAGUGUUAUUUUUGGAGAAAAAACAUCAAAAAUAAGAAAAACGACAUCCUGUCGAGAUGUUUUACAUUUUCUCUCAUUACUUUUAGGUACUAAAACACAAAGAAAAGCAAAAAAGACAGAUGUAUAUUUACAUUAUAAGAGAAUUGUAUGCAAUUGAGAACUUUGGGGGAAAACAAAUGCAUGCACUGUUAUGCAACAAUAACUGCAUAGAAAAAAAAGAAAAACAUGA